GGGUGGCCACUGCUAGCCGAAAGGUUGGAGGUUCGAGUUCACCCAGAGGCACCUUGGAAGAAAGGCCAUUGAAAACCCCAUGAAAAAAAGACCCUGUCAGCCAUUGAAAACCGUAUGGCGCGCAGCUGUACUCUGAUGCACACGGGGAUGCCGUGAGUCAGAGCAGAUCUGACGGCAAGUGGUUUGUUUCCGUUUUGUUUUGCAUUAGUCAGACCUGAAAACACCUAGGUGGUAGAAAGAGUCAGUGCUACGCCUUCUGAGCCUGGGAGGAGCCAUCCUUGGUGCUGGUGCUCACUGCUGGUGUUUCGGUGGGAGCCUGCAGUCCUGCCCAGGCUCUGUUUUAGUUUCCGGGUGCAGUGUCAGUCCCGAGGACGCCCAGCUCCGAGUCCUCAGGACCUUGCCCUGCCUGGAGAAGAGCAUGGAAGAGCAGGAUGAGAAGCCCUCAGGGCCCCUGAAGGUCUGUGCACAGGACUCUCUCUGUCCUCAGGAAAUUAUCAUCAAGGUUGAGGGAGAAGACACUGGGUCACAGGCCAUCCCAUCCCAGGAAGGAGUGAACUUCAGAGUUGUGACUGUGGACUACACUCAGGAGGAACAGAGCACCCUGAACUUUGCUCAGAAGACCCUGGAUAGAGAUGUGAUGCUGGAGAACCACAGGGACCUGAUCUUUUGGGACUUGGCAACUGCACGUGGAAGAAGAGAAUCAACUUCAAAGCACAGCACUUUUGAUGAAGAACCAUCCCAUGGAGUGAAGAUAGAAAGAUUGACAAGAGGUGAUCCUAGGUUGUCUUCAUGUGGGGAAAUCCGUGAUUGUAAGGACCAGUUGGAAAAGCAGCAGGAAAAACAAGAGAGACUUUUGAAGGAACUGGCAUUCACCCGAAGGAAAGCUGUCAUUUAUGAGAAAAUCUGCAAAAGUGAUGAAUUUGAGGAUAAAAGUGGUCUGAAUUCCAGUCUUCUUUCAUCCCAGUCGAUAUCCACAAGAAAACAUUUUCAUAAACAUGCAUUACAUGUUAAAAAAUUACAUUAUAAUUCUGUUGUAAACAAUCAUCAGAAGAUUGAUGACAAUGAGAAAUUAUGUGAAAAUAACGAUUGUGGAAAUCUUCCCCAGAGCAUUCACCUUAUUCAACUUACAAGAACUCAAACAGAAGAUAAAUCCUGUGGAUUUGGUGAUAAUAUUCAUAUUACAUCACUAAAUAUACCUGAGAAAAUUCAUGCAGGAGGAAAAACCUUUGAUUUUAAGGAAUGUGGUGAAGUUUUGAGCCACAGUAUAUCCCAUAAUGAGCAACAGAGAAUUUCUGUUGAACAAGAGAGUCAAUAUAAAUGUAGUAAAACCUCCCAGAGCUCAUCCCCUGCUCAAAACAUGAGAAAUCAUUCUGAAGAGAAACCCUUUGAAUGCAAUCAGUGUGGGAAAUCCUUUAGCUGGAGCUCUCACCUUGUGGCACAUCAGAGAACUCAUACUGGGGAGAAACCUUAUGAAUGUAAUGAAUGUGGGAAAUCUUUUAGCCGGAGCUCUCACCUUGUUUCCCAUCAGAGGACUCAUACUGGAGAGAAACCUUAUAGAUGUAAUCAGUGUGGGAAAUCUUUUAGCCAGAGUUAUGUCCUUGUUGUUCAUCAAAGAACUCAUACAGGAGAGAAACCUUAUGAAUGCAAUCAGUGUGGAAAGUCAUUCAGGCAGAGCUAUAAACUUAUUGCACAUCAAAGAACUCAUACUGGAGAGAAGCCCUAUGAAUGCAGUCAAUGUGGGAAGUCAUUUAUCCAGAGCUAUAAACUUAUUGCACAUCAAAGAAUCCAUACUGGAGAAAAACCCUAUGAAUGCAAUCAAUGUGGAAAGUCCUUUAGUCAAAGUUACAAACUUGUUGCCCAUCAGAGAACUCACACAGGAGAAAAACCCUUUGAAUGUAAUCAGUGUGGGAAAUCCUUCAGCUGGAGCUCUCAGCUUGUUGCACAUCAAAGAACUCAUACUGGGGAGAAACCCUAUGAAUGUAAUGAAUGUGGAAAGUCUUUCAACCGUAGUUCUCACCUUGUUAUGCAUCAGCGAACUCAUACUGGAGAAAAGCCCUACAAAUGUAAUCAGUGUGGGAAAUCCUUCAGCCAGAGUUAUGUUCUUGUUGUACAUCAGAGAACGCACACUGGAGAAAAGCCCUAUGAAUGCAAUCAGUGUGGGAAAUCUUUCAGGCAGAGCUCAUGCCUUACUCAACACCAGAGAACUCAUACGGGAGAGAAACCCUAUGAGUGUAAUCAGUGUGGAAAAACGUUCAGUUUGAGUGCUCGGCUUAUUGUACAUCAAAGAACUCAUACUGGAGAGAAACCUUUUACAUGUAAUCAGUGUGGAAAAGCUUUCAUUAAUAGCUCUAAACUUAUCAGGCAUCAAGCGACCCAUACAGAAGAGAAACCCUAUGAAUGUAACUAAAGUGAAAAGCCUUCAGCCAGAGUAUAUUUAUUCAUUUUUGUUUUUUAAAAGGAGUACAUGUAAUGGAAAGAAUUAGUAUAAAAACAAUGUAUGUGGGGAACUUUGUUAUUGUGUAUCUGGAAAUUCAUUCUGGAGAAGAAAGACGGAAAAACUAUGAAUUGCUUGUUUUACUUAGCAGUUCCACAUACAAAAUCAGAAUUGUCCCCCAUGAUACAUUGCUAUAAAAGUAAUAAAUAUUGACACUUUUCUUUGCAAAAAACACUCAGGCCUGAAUCAAAGAAAACCAUCAAAUGGUCAGUAGACUGGAUUGCCAGUGAGACAGACCUCUUUUGUAAUAAAGAGUAGAUAAGAAUGCUAAUACUGGUGGGCUUAUUGUUGAGUAGAUGGGAAAAUUGCUGUAGUUAUCAGAAUUUAGGAUGGGAAACAAUAUUGCAGUGUAUCAUUUUAUUGCAUGACUUCCCAGUUUCGUAGUUUUCUGUUUCAUACAGCACUUCCUAUUAUAUAUGAAGAUUUAGUAGAAAAUAGAAAAAUGGCUCUGAUAUGAAGUGAAAAAUGCAGGGCAAGAAUAUAGGACAUUCAUUUCUAGAACCAUUGUGAGAAGAUUUUUGUAUAUGGAUCAGAGUUGAAAGAGGAUAUGGGUGUCUCUAUUUGAUUUUUAGAUUUAUAUGUGGGUUUCUUCCCUUUUAGAUUGUAAACUGUUUUUCUAUAAUGAUACAAGUAAAAAUCAGUCAACAACAAAAAGGAAGUACAAAGAUUUCCAUUUGCUUUGUCUGACAAUUCAGGAAAGACUAGGAAACUAGUUAGCAAAAAUUCUUCAGGAUUCUGAGACUUUCUAUUUGCAGUAGAAUCGGGGUUACAUUUUAGGGCUUAGAUUCCCAGGGAUAUUAUUUGCUGCAAAUAAAAUAGUGCCCUGGGAAUGGGAAACUGGGAACUUAGGCCCAGGAAUAUUCUGUAGGAGGGAAUUGAGAAUGCAUGGACAGUAUAAGGUGCAAAUGGGCUUAUUUUUAUAUAUCCAGAGCAGUGUAAAAGAGCUCAAUUUUUAAAGUGUUUUGUUCUCCCCUUAUGUCACAUCUUGUCUUUCUCAUGGGAUAUAUCCUUUAAUGCCCCAGCUAAGUGUUUAUCACCUAAAUUAAGCUUGCAAGGAUGUUUUUACAGAAGCAAGAUUUGUGCUCAUUGAUCUUUAGAUUUGGUUUGCGUGUGUUUCUUGCCUUUGCCCCUAAAUCAUGGAUUCUAAUCCUGUGGACUGCAAUAGGCGUGAAGCCCCUGACCCAGAGAGGUAAUAAAUUGGUGUUUUUUUUCACAUCCAUCUAUUCUUGAACCCGCUCAUUUUCAACUGUUCAUUUUGCAUCAGGUGAGUUUCUCCUGUAACAACCAUAUUCCAGGUUCCCAGAUUUUGUGUGUGUAAGUAUUUUGGCUAUGACUCCUUCCUACUCAGCACUGGACUCGUCUGCAGGGCUGUUCACUGUGCAGCCUCAUUUUUUACUGUGUCAUAGGGCUUGACUACUUCAUGCAAAUAUCUUUUUCUCCCUGUUGUUCACUGUCUAGCCCAGACUCUCUUGCUCUCAGAUCCAGAAUGACUCCAGGAAAGACACUGCACUUGGUUCUCCCCAUUGCGAAGGAUCUUGAUCUACAGUUAAAGGGGUGGCUCCCUCACUUCAGGGAAAUGUGCCUGCAGAGGGGACGUUAUCUCCAUUUCCUCUCACACUCGGGUUCAGUCUUUACUGCCUUUGGAUUCUUUCCACCUGAUUUUGUGGUAUGGUGCUUCAGCCUCUUAGGCUUGACAAAUAUAAAGUGUGCUUUUCUCGAUGUUUUUGAGAGAUUUUAGCUAAGAAGGAAAUCCAGACUUUUUGAUGCUGUUUUCAGAUAAGCCUUUUGUAUUUAAAAAAUAUAUAUGGUUUUUGUACUGAAUUCAUCUACUCUGUAUGUCUUAUUUAUUAUACUUGAUGAGACCAGUUAAUUUCACUUCAGCCUUUAGACUUUGUCUUGCAAAAUCGCUGUUUUCUAGUUUGUUUAAAGAUGUUGCACCUGGAUUCAGUCAACUUUACUGUAGAAGACUUAAUGGCUCACAUCAUUAAAUACCAUAUUGCUCUUUUCAAAUUGUAGCAAACUGGGGUUCUUAAUUGGAAAGCAUAGGAAUCAGCUCUAGCCAAUUGAUUCAGAAAAAGGAGUUCUUAAAGAGGAUAUUAGAUGGCUUGCAUAACUGUCAAGAAACUAUAGGACUGAGCUCAGGGCUAUAAAGGCAGAAACAACUUCUAGACUCAUGCUGCAGAGGCCAUGAGAGUUCCUCCAGGUCAUGGCUCUAUUGAUUUCUUCUGAUUCCAAGUCCAGGGCAAGUGCCUAGGUCUGGUGGGUCCUAUGGUCACCAGUAGCUGGAGUUUUCAGGAGAGUCUGUAGAUGUAGGUGGGCUUUACCUUUCACUCAUACUAGUUAAGUGGGCAGUUUGCCAUUUAUAGAAUUAUUAUUUUCUAAGUAACAGCAAAGGAAUAAAAAGGUUUCCAGUAUAGCUCACCUUUUGCCCAGCCCAUAUAUCAACAUUUUUUUCACUUUUUAUUCUUUAUCUUAUUUAAAUAUGUGUAUAUAACCUAACGUAAUACAACUGCCUGUCUUAUAAUCAGAACCAUGCUCAUGCUCUUCCCAAAUAGGGAUAACCCAGAGCUUCACAUUAUUAUAUCCAGUCCCAAAUCUGGGAUCUCUGGUGAUGUCCAUUCCUCUUCUAGAGAAAGUUCUUAGUAAGAGGGUUCAGGUGCUAGGUAUCAAAAAAAAAAAAAAAAAAAAAGAUUGUAAAACCAAGUUGAAUUACCAACCUAAAAAUAUUCAGUAUCUUUUUUAUUAUGGCCAGUAGAUAUUCAAAAGCUUUCUAAAAAUGGUUUUAUAACACUGUAAAUGAGUUGGUGAUGUAGACAGUUGUUUACUGGCUAAGACGAUUUAAUCCUUAUUUGGAUUCAUUUGGGCUCUGGCUAAAUAAAUGACUGUUUUAUAGACUUCUCAGUUAAAAAAAAUUGUUCCAUUAAAAAUAUCAUUUUUGGCAUUUGCCAAGUGAAUCUUUGGCCAAGUGGAUUUGUUGGAACAGUAAAGUUGGGUUUUCUGUGUUAUAACCAGUGUAGUAUUGGUUUGUAAUCCACUGGGAAUGAGAUUUCAAUGAAAAUGGGUUAGCAAUUGAUUAACCUUUUCAUAGUACUUAUGUCACCUGUUCUGGCCUCUUCAGCAUCUGUGUUCUAUUAAGUUUUCAUCUGAGACCAUGACAAGUGUAAAAAUGGUGUGGGGGCAGUGUCCGACCUCCUCCAGCUUCCCAAGGGGAAAGGAGGAUCAAGAUCAACAGCCCAGGCUGAUUCCUAUCAGGCAGAAGUCAUACAUGCCUCCUCUCUCCACCAUCUUUUACCAAUUCUGACACCAACUGUGAGAACGUUGUGGGGACGAUGUCUGACCUCCUCUAACUUCACAAGGGGGAAGGAGAAUCAGGACCAACAGUUCUGACACCAAACAUCCCUCCCACGGCACUUUCUACUUCUCUGCAGGGUUUGAGAAUUCAUUGCAAUGGCCACACAGAACUCACAGAAAAUGCUCACGAUUAUGGGGGUUUAUUAGGGAAUUAACAGUUAUAAUUCAGGCUCAGGAACACUCAGGAUACAGUUCUUCCAUGAGGACAGCCCCUUCCCAGCCAUGCUUCUAGGCACGCCUCUUCCUGGCCCUAGGCUUCUGCCCAAAGGCACUCAGCUUUCUCUGUGGGCCAGGAAGCCCACCACACUAUCGCCUGCUUCCGGGUCUCUGCUGCCAGGUCUCUCCUGCCACCGCUACUCACCGUUUUCAGGAUUACAGCUCUCUCCCUCUGUCUCCUGCUUCCAGGAGUUUCUCAGCACAGGAAUCCUGGGUCUGAAGGAUGUAUUGGCUCCUGGCUGUUCUUCCUUGGUGGUGGUGGUGGUAUCUUCUUUUUCUCGCCUCUGAAAUGGCUCACUGCAAGCCCAGUGGGAUGGAAAAACUGACCAAUCCCCUUGCAAUCCUUAUCUGCACAGUCCUGCCCACUCACCUGGGUGGGAGUUACAAGACCAUGGUGAGAAAAGCCACACAAAAGCCAUUGAUUGCACUCCAACAAGCUUCAAGAUCAUCUCUUCUGGGACGAUUCCUGGAAUUCAGCUGUUCUUGAAACCUGGAUAUUUCUAUCGUUUCUCUUUCUUGUCCAGGCUCCACCAGUUCAUUCUUUGAUAGUGUUUGCUUAAGCCUAGGUUAUUGAUAUUUAUACUGCAGAUCUGUUGGUGAUUAUUUUGACCAUAAGCUCUUCCUUUUGCUCUAUAUUUGGUUUGUCCACGUUCCCCUCCCCCCCACCACCACCAUUACUCACCUUCUGAGAGGACAAAGACCACCCUACUCCUGAAGAACAUUUUGUGGUAGGCUGGAACAUUCUGUGGUGUUACAGUCUGAAUUUUCUGUACUUUUUAAAAACUUCAAGGACAUGCCACUAACCUGGAUUGUUAAUUAAAAAAAAAAAUACAGAUACGAUCAUAAGUGGAAUGUGCUGAAAUUUGAAUAGUGGGAAUUAGGUUAAAAAAAGGAACCAAACGUAUGGGAAAGCCAAAGGAGAUUUUUCUGAUGAAAUCUCAAAGCUAUUUAUCUGUACUCGCUGAUACUACUAUUCUUUACUAAUAGUAUGGGGAUUCCAUCAUUGAUACUGGGUGUACUCUCUGCUUUAGUAUUUCUGUAUUUUUCAUGGGGAUAGAAAGAUUUGGACUCUUUUUUCAUAAUAUGGUGUUUUAAUUAGAUGUUGCUCGUAGUGCUGAUCAUCUAGACCUGUAUGAAUGCAGCCAACUGCAAGAUGUGUCCCCGAGAAAUUGGACACAGCACCCCCUGUGGUGCAGCCUUUACCUGUGUAUGAGUGUCUGUUUCCCAUAUCCAAAUGGGAACAUGAGAUGACUACUGUGUUCUUUGUUAUUUGCUGGAUAAAGUCCAAUUGUAUUUUUUUAUGAAAGGAAAACUGAAGUUUCUAGCUUUAAGUAAAACUAAAAUCGUGGGUUUUUUUGUGAUUAUUUAUGGAACAUUGAAAUUGGUCAGAAAACAUUGAAUUGGGGGGAAAAAGCUUUAAUAGUAAAGUGUUAGAUGAGGUUAAAACUGGAAUUAAAUUGGAAGCAGUAGCAUUAGUUCAUACUCUUGGGUUGCAGCUGUAAUGUGGGACCAGAACUUUUUGAUGAACCGUUUAUCUUAACACAGAAAAAUAAAAAUGGACUUUAACAUCUUGUUACUGUAGAUAAAAAUAUUUUCAGAGACAUCUGGAUAGUGUCAUAUAGGCAAAAGGGGCCAGCCCUAGUGGGGUUUCCACAGUCAGGCAGGGACACUCUGAGCAUCAAGAAACUGUUAGUCAAGGGCAAUUGGAACAAAGUUGGUCUUUACAAAUCCAUGGGUCCACUGUGAAAUGCAGUAUCAAGAGUGCUGAAGAAAGGCACAAACUAAGAGCCCACUGCUGUCGAGUCGAUUCCGACUCAUAGCGACCCUAUAGGACAGAGUAGAACUGCCCCAUAGAGUUUCCAAGGAGCACCUGGCGGAUUUGAACUGCAGACCUAAACUAGACAUCUAAUAAUCUUCACAAGAGAUGCUUUAUAUUGAUCAAUUUGUCCUGUAGGCAAAUUUUGAUCAGCAUCUAAGUUUAUGACAAAUGAUAAAAUAGGAUAGUAUACAGGACCCUACAGUAAAUGAAACUCAUUAGUCUAAUCAUCUGCAAAUCAUAGGUUUCACCUUAUUACAUAUUGAAAUGGGCAUCUAAAAUUUCAGCUCAGGCAUCUCACACAAGUUGGUCUUUUCAUUACCUGACACUGGCAGAUAGGAUCACAAGCUGUGUAAUUACAGACACAUAAAGAUUCCAUUAGUAAAUGGGUCCAACCCAGGUGGAAGGUGAGUUCUUUAAGUUGGAAGGCACUCAAAAUACACAGUGGCCCCAACGAUGGACUCAAGCAUAUCAAAGAUGGCACAGGACCAGGCAACAUUUUGUUUUGUUGUACAUGGAGUUGCCAUGAAUAGUAGUUGAGGUGAUGCCAACUGUUUUUUUCUUUUAAUCACUUAAGGGAGCAGAUAAAAUAUCAGUAAUAGGCCCUGAUUCGCUCUUUAUUAAAACAAGGAAGAAAAAAAUUUAUAUGAGUCAUCCCCUCACAUGGGGGUGGGCAAAGUGUAGGUUAGUUUUCCAGGAGGCAAUAUAUAAAGGGGAGAUAUACAAAUACAAUUUUUUAAAAAGCUCAGUAUCAUCAGAACAAGGCCAGGGGCUGAAUUCAGAACAGACCAUCAGUUACUCACAAGCAAGUUCAAAUUGAAGACGAAGAAAAUUAGAAUGAAUCCACUAGAGCCAAAAUAUGACCCUGAGUAUAUCCCAACUGAAUUUAGAGACCAUCUCAAGAAUAGACUUGAUGCAUUGAAUACUAAUGACCAAAGACCAGAAAAGUGGUGGAAUGACAUGAAGAAAGUAAGAGGUCAUUAAAAAGACAGGAAAGAAAGAAAAGACCAAAAUGUAUAUCAGAAGAGACCUGAAACUUGCUCUUGAAAGUAGAACACCUAAAGCAAAAGGAAGAGAUGAAGAAGUAAAAGAGCUGAACAGACGAUUUCAAACGGCAGCUUGAGAAGACAAAGUGUAAUGAAAUGUGCAAAGACCUGGAGAUAGAAAACCAAAAGGGAAGAAUGUGCUUGGUAUUUCUCAAGCUGAAAGAACUGAAGAAAAAAUUCAAGCCUCGAGUUGCACUACUGAAGGAUUCUAUGGGCAAAAUACUAAAUGAUGCAGGAAGCAUCAAAAGAAGAUGGAAGGAAUAACAGUCACUGUACCAAAAAGAAUUGUUCAACAUUCAGCCAUUUCAGUAGGUAGCAUAUGAUCAAGAACUGAUGGUACUGAAGGAAGAGGUCCAAGCAGCACUGAAAGCAUUGGCAAAAACAAGUUUCCAGGAAUUGACGGAAUACCAACUGAGAUGUUUCAACACAUGUACUUUGAUACGUUGUCAGGAUGGACCAGUCCCUGGAGAAAGACAUCAUGCUUGAUAGAGCAGAGGGUCAUCGAAAAAGAGGAAGGCCCUCAACAAGAUGCAUUGACACAGUCGCUGCAACAAUGGGCUCAAGCAUAAGAAUGAUUGUGAGGAUGAUUUAGGGCCAGGCAGUGUUUCCUUCUGUUGUACAUAGGGUCGCUAUGAGUCAGAACCGACUCGAUGGCACAUAACAACAACAGCAUGCGAAUAUCACCUCUAACCAAAACCAAACCAAACCCAGUGCCAUCGAGUCGAUUCUGACUCAUAGCGACCCUAUAGGACAGGGUAGAGCUGUCCCAUAGUGUUUCCAAGGAGCGCCUGGCGGAUUUGAACUGCCGACCCUUUGGUUAGCAGGUGUAGCACUUAACCACUACACCACCAGGGUUUCCAUCACCUCUAAAGCAACAUUAAAUGUAUGGCUGAGGAAGGCUUAGGAACCAAAUAGUUAUCUAAAUAGGAUUCCAGUUGAUUUUUGUAAUAUAGCUUCCCUAAUCCUACUGCUUCUAAAAAUUGGAUUGUUCAAAGUUGGAGGACUCAGAUCAUUCAGCCUGAUGUUCUAGAACCUGAUUGAAAUAUGAGCUCGCUUCCUAUUGUGGGGAAUAAUACCCCAUCUACCACACAUCUGAAACAAAUUAUAAUUGGUUCUCUGCUAAUCCAUGCUGGAGUGGAGCAUAUAUGGAAGUCACCCAUGGGACCAUCCUCUUUGUUAUUAUCUCUUUCCUAUAUAGCUGGCCUUCACUGGGUAUAAUUUUACUGGUUAAAUUUGGACCCCUUUGAAUCCAGGUCAUCAUCACAUUUAUCAAUAUAUCUGACUUUACCUUAAAAAGUCCUGGUUGUCAUUACUGGGGAGGGAAAAGACUACAUUUUAUAAAGAAUCAUACAUGAUAAUCUAAGUAAAUAAAUAGCGUUAGCUUUCAUUUCCUCUGUAAGGGCCACUGUUGUCAUGAUGCUGAAACUUUUAUUAAUGAAAGUAUCUCGGUAACUAAGGGAUCUUGAUGUAGGUACUUAAGUAUAUUGCAUUGGGGUUGGAACUCAUAAAAACAAGGAAUCUCAUGUUUAGGUCCAUUGGGCUGGGGGUAAACAGGUAUUUCCCAUGGACUUGACAGGAUCUCAUAGGCCGCAGUGCAUCUCACACAUUCUGCUUAGGCCACGGUCUCUUUCACCGUUUAAGACCUUCUCUAUUGUGUCCUUGGCACUUCUCUAAGCCAGAGGAUACAUGUCUAAGGCAGUAGCUCCCUUGGGAACCACAAACAAAGCUUCACCUCUCAUUUUAAGGUCUCUUUGCUCAAAAACUACCAGGCAGAAUAAGGGUCUGCCAACCAACAUCCCAGGACACUGGAGAGAAAUGUCAGCUUCAUUAAGGACCUUUAAUGAGUGGCACCAGAACCUGUUUUGUAUGAUGACCAAAGAUAACUUUCUCUAGCCAAGUUCUACUUCAGAGAUGUCCCCAAAAGGGUUUACCAAAACCAGUUUUUUUGCAAAAAGUACAGCCUAUCUCCCUCAUGUACACAUACACAGAACAUGCAAAAAUGAUUCAGUGAUGUGUGUGAAAAUAAAAUUUAACCUCAUUUAUGGUAUCAAAUUAGAAAAACUUGUUUUUCAAUUAUACAAUCCAAUUUGAGAUAUAGAGAUGCAGAGUAGUGGGUGGGUGGUAAAAUCCACACUUCUAUUCGUUGGUGGUGGUGUUAGGUGCCGUUGAGUCAGUUCCCACUCAUAGUGACCCUGUGUACAAUAGAAGGAAACCCUGCCUGGUCCUGUGCCAUCCUCACAAUCGUUGCUAUGCUUGAGCCCAUUAUUGUAGCCACUGUGUCAAUCUAUCUCAUUGAGGGUCUUCCUCUUUUUUGCUGACCCUCUAAUUUACCAAGCAUGAUGUCUUUCUCCAGGGACUGGUCCCUCGUGAUAACAUGUCCAAAGUAUGUGAGACAAAGUCUCACCAUCCUUCUAAGGAGCAUUCUGGCUGUGCUUCCAAGACAGAUUUGUUCAUCUUCUGGCAGUCCAUGGUAUAUUUAGUAUUCUUCACCACUACCAUAAUUCAAAAGGCAUCAAUUCUUCGGUCUUCCUUAUUCAUUGUCCAGCUUUCCAUGCAUAUGAGACGAUUGAAAACACCACGGCUUGGGUCAGGCACACCUUAGUUCUUAGGGUGACAUCUUUGCUUUUUAACACCUUAAAGAGAUCUCUUGAAGCCGAUUUGCCUGAUGCAAUUCGUCUUUUGAUUUCUUGACUGCUGCUUCCAUGGGUGUUGAUUGUGGAUCCAAGUAAAAUGAAAUCCUUGACAACCUCAAA